UGUCACAGGCGUCGGACGUACAUCGAAACGCAGAGAGUUUAGCCGCUUGUGCCCUGUUUGUCGAGUUCCUCAUGCGUCAUGAUGAACUUGAUUGUUUGUGCUGGUGCAGUGCCUUUUGGCUACACAAGUGAAAUGAAUGACUGUGAUUUUCAGUGCUUUGGCUACGGUGACCAGUGUGUGACUGCGGCCGAAAUGAACUGGAGGAACUUACAAAUCCCGCAGGCCCAGGCGCCCCUGCCGGACGUGAUCCGGGCAUCACCCCCCUCCCCGCUCCGCCGCGCCCACUCCUACCACUUCCUCUUCCCGGAGGACAGCCCCGCCCCCCCGCCCGCCAGAAGCAACAAGUCGUCGUGGUCGCCGCCCCGCCGCCCCCCGCCGCCCGCCCGCGCCCAGGAGGAGCCGCAGGAGCGCGACGCCCUUCGCGCGGGCCUGGGACACAUCCAGGAGGUGCGCCGGACGCUGCUCAGGGAGGAGCCGCCGCGCGCGCACCACGCCCCCCUCCCGCACGACCUGCCGCGGCUGUCGUGGGCGGUGCCGCGCCUCCAGCAGGCCGCGUCGACCAGCAGCCUUCCCCACGCCCACUCCUGCGCCCACGACGGCGGCCCGGGCGGGGAGCGAGCGAGGGCGGAGGGCCUGACCGAGCAGGAGAGGCGGUGGAAGCACAUCGGCCACGACCUGAGGAAGCUCGCGGACCAGUUCACGCUCGACCACGCCAAGGUGAGGCUGCUCGGGGCGCGGACGGAUCUCCCGGUCGCUGCUCUCGGGGCGCGGGGAAUGACGUCGGAACGAAGCAGGACGACGAGGCACCGCUCAGUCUCUCAGUGCCAGUGGCAGUGACGAGAUGCCUCACCGCCACCAUCCUGUGCCUCGUGUGGUGGCGUCUCCUCAACAAAUUCCGCUGAGGGGGGCGCCAGGUGAUGACCAUGAGGGUAAUGAUGACCGUUUGGACAGGCCGCCGGAUAUUUUUUGUUUUUGCUCUUUUGGAAAUUUGUUUUGGUUUGCAGUGAACUCGCCUCCCGGAAGAAGAGGGAAGGAGGGUUGGAAGACUGAGGAAGAGGGGUGAUGUUGGAGGAUUUGGAAGACUGAGGAAGAAGAGGGAAGGAGGAUUGGAAGACUGAGGAAGAAGAGGGAAGGAGGAUUGGAAGACUGAGGAAGAAGAGGGAAGGAGGGUUGAAAUACUGAGGAAGAGGGGUGAUGUUGGAGGAUUUGGAAGACUGAGGAAGAAGAGGGAAGGAGGAUUGGAAGACUGAGGAAGAAGAGGGAAGGAGGAUUGGAAGACUGAGGAAGAAGAGGGAAGGAGGGUUGAAAUACUGAGGAAGAGGGGUGAUGUUGGAGGAUUUGGAAGACUGAGGAAGAAGAGGGAAGGAGGAUUGAAAGACUGAGGAAGAGAGUGAUGUUGGAAGAUUGAUAGACUGAGGAAGAGAGUGAUUUUGGUUUUCUCUUUCGUCGGAGAGAAAUGCUGCCGAGGCGUUUCCUCCCCUUCUCGCCUCUCCCGAACGGUACGGAGCCAAGGUCAAAGUUCACUGCUUGAUUUUCCUACCUCAAAGGUUCAGCUACUUCUGCCAUUCCUUCAUCGAUACGGACGAGCCUUUUUUUAGGGCCAAAGAAAGACACACUUAAAACAAAGAAAAAGAAAGAAAAAACAAAGGUUGUAGAGAUAGCGGAACUGUAUCUCGCUUACCUACCAGCCGAAUGAUUUUAUUUUGGCGAAGAAAAAGUGGUUGUAGAAGAGACGUUGUCAUCAUGUAUUUUUUAUUGUAAUUGUAAUGAACUUUCUCGAAUGUAUCCCGGUUACUUUGGUUUUGCCAGCACAACAUCGAGGAGACUUUGCAAUGGUGGUCUUUGCUCGUUAUUGCUAUUGCUUUGUCUUCCCUUCUCUUCUAUUUUCUUCUUCUUCUUCCUCUCUUCUCUUUUCUCCUCUCCUCUUUUCUUCUCUUCUUUUCUCUCCUCUCCUCUUCUCUUUUCUUCUCUUCGGGAUAUGUGCAUUAGGUAUCUGGAAAUUGUGUGGUUAUCUUUUUUUUUUUUUUUAUUUCCUGUUAAAUUUAAUAAUGGGUUUUUCUGGCAAAUCCAUGUAUUGGAAAAAAAAGACAGGUCGCCACAUCAGAUUCAAAUCUUUCACAAAAAGAAAAAAAAAAGUUGCAGUUAUUUUUAUUAUUGUUAUAAUUAUAAUAAUAAUAAUAAUAAUAAUAAUAAUUAUUAUUAUUAUUAUUAUUAUUAUGAUGAUGAUAAUGGUAUUGAAAGAUAUCUGAUGUGGCUUUGUCCUUAAAUGCUUGUUCAUUUUUUUCCAAAUUUACGAAGGUUUUUGAAAUAUGUGUCAACCUUCCCAAACCUGCCAAUUGAUGAUUAACUAGCCACUACCCUGGCGUCUUUCACUAGAUAAAAAAAACAAAACUGAAAGAAACUUAAAAAAAAAAAAAAAAAAAAAAAAAAAAACAUAGGAAGAAUUAUUAGGCUGAUGGAAGCUCUGGUUCCUUGUGAUGGAAAAAAGAGAAAAAUAUAUAUUUGGACAAUUAGCAAUGUCCUUCUUAUCCAUGAACCAGGCUGUUCCUAGGCCGCCCUUAGACAACUUCCCUGUGGGCGUUGGCGAUCACAUCUGCGUGAAAGGCGGUGGGUCAUUUUGAAGGCUUUAGAUGAUCGAAAAAGGAAAAAUAACGAAGAUAAACAGUGUCUCAGGUUUUUUUCUCUGCUAUUAGGUACAUUUUUUAUCUAUGUUUUAUUUAUAUUUUUUCAUAUAUGUUCGAGCAGAGACACUUUUAGUCUUUUUAUUAUUCAUUUACUUACGUUUAUUUGCUAUUAUUAUUUUUUUUUACAUCGAGCCAUGACACUGUCUCUCCCUUUCCUCCACGCAAGCCAGCUGUUCGAUCCCAAAACCGAACCUUUCACGCGCGUGCGAUAAGCUCCGCCCACCCAGAGGGAAGGAAAAAAACUUGGUGUAGCUUUACUACAAAGUAAACGAAGGAUCUCAUUCACCACUAGUAUUUUAUAUAAAUAUUAAAAGGAAAUGCUCUUUCAGAGGUGGCGAGGAUAGGCCUACGGAGAUUGUAGUGUAGGCCUGUCCUCCUCUCCUUCAGUGGUUAAUUACUGGCUCUAAGGCAGGAUUUUGCUCUGUAGGCCUAAGAAGAAACGUGUUUGUUUGUGAUUGUGAUUUAUGGGGGAAAAAAAUGACAAGAACAUGAUUUUGCUGUAAAUAGGAGUUUGCAGUAGUGAUUUCCGUGUCAUGCUCUCUUUCAUUCUACGCGAGAUAAGCGAAGGAAGAGAGAAUUUCAGUGUUUUGGUUGUACAUAAUUUUUUUGCCCUUGUCUUGAAUUUUGUGGCCGCGUACUUUUUUGGGAUCUAUCGAUUAAGUUUUCCAUUCAAAUAACGAAGUUGUAAUGUGAGGUUAUGAUUAUUCUGCCGACAUUUUCUAUAGGCAUUACUUUAUUUGACCAGAAUCUUGCCUUGUGCUUUUGUAUAUAGCAUAGUUUAAUUGGUGCUCUAAGUCAUAUGUGAAUAAGCAAUAUUUUAUCCCUGGACACGGCGAGGCAGCUCUUCUGUAGCUGAAAAAAAAAUACAAGGACUUUACAUUUGAAUUUCGUGUAAUAAUCUAAGCUGGAAAAUUAACCUUGCGUGUGAGAACGCUUUUGCUGUUCCACUGUUUUGCUCAAUUUAAUUAAGGGUUGUAUUAUCUCAGAGUCUUUCAGGAGGAUUUUGUGGGAGGGGGAUAAAAAUAUAUGUAUCAAAAUUACACCGAGUUCGGUUUAUGGGGAAGAAUGAUAACGAAAAAACAAAAACAAAAACAAACAAAAAAAGUCAUUUUCAGGUGUGAAGAUGAUGCCAUUCUGUGUCCACGGUCAUCAAAGCUAUAAGAAGUGAUACCCUGACUAUAUGUAUGUGAAUUAUAUCCUCUAGAGACGCAGACCUUCACUUGUGUUUUUGUCAAAUGUAAAAACAGCGGAAGAGGAAUUUGAAGCCUUCUGUUUUUAAGGUUGUUUACGGCGUCUCAUAGCACUUUCAAAAUUUCCUUCCUCGUCAUUGGUCAGAUUUGGCGCCAAGUGCUCAAACGUGAUUGGUCCUCGUCGGAUUGCUGCGAGCGCCGUGAUUGGUCGGUUGUUCUAGCCAAUCACACAAGUGUUGCGUCUCUUCCUCUAGCCUUGCUUAGUGAUUAUGGCACUUAUGUUCUUGUGUCAUUUUGACUAGUCUUUCUUUAGCCUGAGCUGACCUGGCUCUUUGGAGAACGAGGCUUUGUUCGAUAAAAAAAAGAAAAAAAUAUGACGAGACACCUGGACAAAAUUUUGAAUUUGGGGGCAUAAAAUAAGGAUUGUGGACCCGUAGGUUUGUCUCAGUUGUGACUUUGUUUUUCUGAACUUAAGUCUGUGUUCUCUCUUAUAACAGUGAUGCUAAAGUGAAUAAAUAAAUAGAUAAAUAAAUAAAUAAAUAAAUAAAAAACUAUUAUUUAUAUAAAUACCUUAAAUGAUUAUUGCCUUUUUCUGUAUAAUAACUUGUUGGGUCUUUUAAAUUUAAUUAUAUCAAAAAGGAAAAAAAAAAAAAGAAGAAAAAAAUUGAAUAAAAAAAACUUUGGCAA